AUGGAGAAAGCUAGUCCAUCAUCGCCAGUGCCAUCCAACACUAACAACGACCCUUCUUCUGCAACUGCCGACGACGUCCUCCAAAGUCAGUUCCAGCAACUUAUCCAGCAUAAUGCGACAGCACCGUCUGUGGAGGUACACAACCAGAUAAGCUCGAAACCCCCUUCACGAUACUCAAGUCCAGUACCGCCGGUACAACAGCCGCCGCCACCACAGCAGCAGAUGGUUAUGCCUAUACACGACCACCCUCCUACAUAUAAUAGCGGCUAUCAGCAACAGAAUUACCAGAUGGAACCAAGCCCGUAUCCCCAGUUGCCCGAUACAGGCUCAUCACUGACCCCUCACAAUGCCUAUAGCACUCCAGCAACCUCACCGCCAACUCCUUUACAAACAGAUAGUAUGAGAACUAGAAGCGGCCGAUCUAUUAACCGUACACGCGAAGGGACUCCGAUGAUGAGUUCUCGAGGUCUUAAGAGACAAUCUCCAAUGGCAGGAGAAGGACUGAGCGCAGGCGCCAAGAAGAAGAAGAAGACCAGGGGGCAAGCGGAUGAGCCAGCAGUAGUGCUAGAUGCACCUUUAAGCGUAUUAGUAAAAGAUAUUACGACAGUGCAGGACACUAAUAUCGAGGAAUACGUGAACAGAGGCGUGGACGUACGGCAAAGAGAGGUGAGGGAGUCGAAAGAUGGCAAGGUGAAGCGUCCGAUGAACGCUUUCAUGUUAUAUCGAAAGUCUUAUCAAAAUCGAGCCAAAGAAUGGAGAAAGCACGACAAUCAUCAGGUCAUUUCACGAAUCUGCGGUGUAAGCUGGGCAAUGGAACCAAGGCCCCUCAAAGAGCAAUUCGAUACCUACUCCAAGAUUGAGCGAGCAAAUCACGGCCUCGCUUUCCCCGACUACAAAUUUGCGCCGGCAAAAGCUAAGAACCGGAAGACCGGUAGUAGGAGCACCCCUGCCGUCGAGUCGGAGGAUGAAGGUUCUGACCUCGAAGGUUAUCACUGGGAUACCGCCCCACCGUCGAGAAGUUCGUCGAGACCGAUUUACGAUGCGGAUGGUGAGUAUCGGCCUCCAGGGAUGAGAGCGGCGUAUCCAACAUACGCGUCACCAGUCAUGCAUCAUACACGCCUGCCGCAUCCGACACACCCAUCUUCGUUUCAUCACUCCAACCCGGGCAAGCCUCGCCCAGUGGAGUACGGAGUCGGGCUUGGGCCGAACCAGUACUAUCAACAAACGAGUGACUAUAUGCGCCCGACUUACCCACACCAUAUCCCGCAAUACGGCAGCCAGAUGGCUCCUUUCGUCGAAAACGUCUACAUGAACAAGGCGAACUCACCGGCGGGAUCCUAUCAUAGCUCACCUGUUGACCACUACGGCAAUAUGAUUGGAUCUGCGUACCCACCUCCACCUCAUCCGUACCAACGCAUCAACGAGCAUCCCAUUGACCCGUCACUCAUGGGUCAACAGGGUAGCGACCACUUUGACCCGCUAAGCAUACUUGGACUCGGGGGUCAAGGCGAGGGACUCCAACAUCACUACCAACUUGACCAGGGAGGUAUAGGCGGACAUCAUGCUAGCGACGAGCAGCAGCAUCAUCAUCAGCAGUUCGAGCAGGCAUUCCAUCACCCUUCCCACACCGUGCCCGAGGAACGACCAUCGUGGCACGAUGAUACGCCGAAUCUGGCAGAAGGCGAGUGGGAGACCUUAGCCGCGGGCACCGAUUUCGACAUCGACGGCAUUUUAGGCACGACGGACAGCCCUGGGGGUUAA